AUGUCGGCGCCUGACUCCGAAACAACGACUUUGACUCAAGGCUCCCAGGCGGAGGCCUCAUCCUCCGCACAAGCUGACACUGCUCCGCGAAGAGGCUCUCGCACUCGCAAACCCACUUCGAAGGCUGCAAGCCUCGACCCUAUCGAGAUCACCAAUGAGGCGUCGGUUUCGGCUGGUGCUGCUUCGCGUGCAGGGAAAAGGCGAAAGGUGGAUGAUCUGAAUGCGGAACAAGAGGUUGCCACAGAUACAGAUCGCAUCAACGAGGAAGUUGAUGAGGUCUUCGAUGGUGCAGAUGAUGAAGAGGAAGAUGAUAAAGAAUACUGUAUCUGUCGCGGCAAAGAUGAUGGAACUUUUAUGAUCUCAUGCGAGCGUUGCAAUGAAUGGUACCAUACCAAGUGCAUCAAAAUCACGCAGAAAGCAGCCAAGAAGCUCGAAGAGUACAUCUGCGAAGCUUGCUUGCAGAAGGAUCCCAAGAAGAAGACAGCAUCAAACCCAGCAAAAGCAUUGAAGCAUUACCAAUCCUCGAAGAAACGACAGGCAACUCGAGAUGCAUCGGAUGACCAGGAAGAGCCGGAGCGAGACGAGGAUGACGAUGCCAGCGACGGCGACGAGUACGUUGGUGAACGAGACGGUGGCUCUGACGCUGAGGAUGUAGCCAUGGAAGACGAUUCGACCGCGGCUCCAUCUGCGCGACUACAACGGCCCAAGCAGUCAGAACCUGGCACCUCUUCAAGUUCGCAAGCCAAGGUCAAAUCAGCAAGCUCGACCGAAACCGACAAGAAAGCGCGUCGCAAGGUCUCAGAAAGUAUGAGACGACCAAGCGCGUCAAGCAAGCCUAGCUCAGGCCCCAAGAAGGGUUCACCUCGCAAGGCAGCCGGACCCUCCGACGCAAGCACCGAGGAAGCCAGAUCCAGAGCUCGAAAAGUGCUAGCAACUGCUCUAGAGAAGAUCUUUAGCAGCAGCAACAACAAAACUACCAUACAGAUGAGCGAAGAUACUGGAAAGCCCAAGGAAGGAAAGGAUAAGGAUGAGGAUGAGGAGGCAGUGGAAGAAGAGACAGGUCAACAAUGCGCCGAGGCCUACGCCGCGCUUCUCGAGGAAGAGCUGUUUGAGACCAACGCUGACCUCCACGGCUCGAUCCGCAUUGUUGGCACCAAGUACAAAGAUCGCUUCCGCACUUUCCUGUUUAGUCUCAAGGAUGCAAAGAAUACCACGCUGCAUUCCAGGAUCGCAACGGGCGAUCUCAAGGCUUCUGAGCUGGCAAAGAUGUCCAACGAAGAGCUAGCCAACGACGCCAUCCGUCAGGCAACUGAGAAGGCGCGUCUAGAAGCGCUACACAGGAGUACGCUCCGAGCUGAGGAAGCUGGACCCAUGCGCAAGAUCACUCACAAGGGAGAGAUUGAGAUUGAGAGCGAUGCUUUUGCUAGGGAGCAGCUCGGCAAGUUUCAAAAGUCAAGUAGCACCAGAGACCUUGCAUCGGAGAAACCUCCAGUGGCGAGGAUUUCCGAGAGCGAGCCCGUGGCAUCCACCUCAACAAAGGAACGAGAGGAGGAUGUGUCAGAUCCGGAGACAGGUUCGCCAGCACGUCGUUCAGUUCCAGCUCCUGCUCAGACACAAGGAUCGCCCUCCGGUCUCAAUUUUGGUGAUGUCUGGAACCAGAGCAGCGAGACGAAGCCGCAAGAAGAAGACAUCGGACCUCAAGAAUCAUAUGGCUUCGAUGUGGGGUCGCCACAAGACGAGACAUACCACGAUGAUACCACAGCAGCAGGCGAUGGCGCAGCAGCUGAUAGCGGUGUCGAUGACUUUAUCGACUCCUUCCUCGAUGGACCGAGUGGUGAAGACUCCAAAGGGGCUGGACAAGCUGUUGCGUCUGCACCGAGUGCACCAGCAGAGAGGUCAACUACACCAGAUAGCGAUCCUCCCAGCAGUGCUGUGCACCGAUACCGUAAUGUCCUGUGGAAAGGACUCAUCGACCUGCCAGACAUCUUCGCUUUCCAAGGUCACGUCAAGCAAGUGGCAGGUCGCAGUAUCGCGACGGCGCCCCGAGUUUGGCCCAAGUUCUUACCCGAGCGUCCGCUCUUGAUCGCCGGUCGACUUCCUUCGAAAGCAGCGAUCGACUAUCUGUUACAAGUGGUCAAUGCACCAAGGACCGAGAUCCUGGCUUUCACCAUGGAAGCAGGCAUCAGCAAGGACGGUGUACGGCAAGCAACAGACUCAGACGUGGCCAGCUUCGAAGGUAUGAUGAAGCAUUUCAAGAGUGCAGACCGAUGGGGCGCAUUGCAUGUUUCCUCGAGCGUCAAAGGAAGUCUGAUCAAGGACUUUUACGUAGUGCCUUUGUUCAAGGAUGAAGAGGUGCCGCUGUGGCUAGACAUGGCGGAUUCGGAUUGCUUGGGUGCGGACUGGCAUACGAAGCGAGAUCGCGAUUUGCUGGUGCUGGUCGCGGUGGUGAUCAGGGAUGCGCUACAGGCAGAGCUCUCAAAGGCUGCUCGGCAGCGAAGUAGCACGAAUGAAGGCACGAGGCAGAGACAAGACUCGGGAACUCCAACCGUAGCAACGGGUGGAGCAUCAGAUGACGUGUACGAUCCAACUGCUGUCAGUAUGCGAUUGGAUGGAGCGAGUUCCGGUCUGCCUGGUGCUCCCGCUGCUGUGCCGUCUGGCUUUGGAACUGAUGCUUUGCAGAAUCUCCUUCGCACGCUCGGCAAAUCUGCUGCACCAGUAACGACUCUUAGCACACCUACUCCUACUACCACAGCAGCGGCUCUAUCCGGGGCGCGAAGUCCGUUUCCGGGACCUCCGCCACCAGGCCCUCCCCCUCUUCCCCCACCGUCCUUCAGUGGGCUUGCACCGCCAGUACCUCCUUCAGCCCUUGGAAGCGGCUCACCGAUUUCUGGCUCCUGGUCACCACACCCUCCGCCCAUACCCGGCGGCGAGGAAGCUCCUGCACCGCAGCAUUGGCAGCAGCCUCAUCCAAGCUACACACCUCAACCAUACGAGUACGGUGGUGCUCCUGCAGGCAGCGCAUGGGGCUACGAAGCUGGCUGGAACCCUGCAAGCGACGCAGGAAUGUAUCCGCCGCCGUCGGCCGGACCUGAACGAUCUCCACCGCAACCGCAGGAGUUGCCAGAGGAAGAAUAUCCGGGACAAUACAAUCCCGAUUUCUUGGCUCAGGCUAGCGCUGGUGGUACAAAAGGCGGCGGUGGCCGUGGAUAUGGUCACGGACGAGGAGGUGGGAAGGGUCGAGGAGGACGUGGCCGCAGUCGAGGCUGGUAG